CUGCCCGCUUGCUCGCUCCUGCGCUGCCGGGGCCGGCUGAUCGAGACCGGCAUCGGCUCCCCCACGCUGCGGAAGAUGAUCGCGUCCCACCUGCUCGCCUAUUUCUUCACCGAGCUCAACCAUGACCAAGGGCAGAAGAUUGACAAAUACCUCUAUCACAUGCGGCUCUCCGAUGAAACGCUCCAGGAGGUGUCUGAGCGCUUCCGAAAGGAGAUGGAGAAGGGUCUCGGAGCGGACACCAACCCCACAGCGUCAGUGAAAAUGUUGCCCUCGUUUGUGAGAUCAACCCCAGAUGGGACAGAGAAUGGAGACUUCUUGGCCUUGGAUCUUGGCGGCACGAACUUCCGUGUGCUGAGAGUGAAGGUGUCUGAUAACGGCCUGCGGAAGGUAGAAAUGGAGAAUCAGAUCUAUGCCAUUCCAGAGGAUCUCAUGCGUGGGAGUGGGGUACAGCUCUUUGAUCAUAUUGCCGAAUGCCUGGCUAACUUCAUGGAAAAGCUGAACAUGAAGGACAAGAAACUUCCCCUCGGAUUCACCUUCUCUUUUCCUUGCCACCAAACCAAACUGGAUGAGAGUAUCCUCGUUACAUGGACUAAAGGGUUCAAAUCCAGUGGUGUGGAGGGGAAAGACGUGGUUGGCAUGAUACGUAAAGCCAUCAAGAAACGAGGGGACUUCGACAUUGACCUGGUCGCCGUGGUGAACGACACCGUAGGGACGAUGAUGACCUGCGGCUAUGACGAUCACAACUGCGAAGUUGGGCUCAUUGUUGGUACUGGUACCAAUGCAUGCUACAUGGAGGAGAUGCGGCACAUUGACUUGGUGGAAGGGGAUGAAGGGCGGAUGUGCAUAAACAUGGAAUGGGGAGCCUUCGGAGACGACGGCGUGCUGAACGACAUCAGGACAGAGUUCGACCGUGAGAUCGACAUGGGUUCGCUCAAUCCAGGGAAACAACUGUUUGAAAAGAUGAUCAGUGGCAUGUACAUGGGAGAGCUGGUCAGGCUCAUCCUGGUGAAGAUGGCCAAGGAGGAGCUGCUGUUCGGUGGAAGGCUCACCCCAAGCUUGCUCACCACAGGACACUUCGAGACCGGAUAUGUGUCUGCUAUUGAAAAGGAGAAGGAAGGACUACAAAAAGCCCACGAGAUCUUGACCAAGCUCGGGUUGAACCCAUCUGCAGAAGACUGCAUAGCCACCCAGCAUAUCUGCCAGAUUGUCUCCACCCGCUCGGCGAACCUCUGUGGUGCUACCCUGGCCGCAGUGCUGCGCCGGAUCAAGGAGAACAAAGGAGUCGACAGGCUACGCUCCACCGUCGGCGUGGAUGGCUCGGUGUACAAGAAGCACCCCCAUUUUGCUCGACGCCUUCAGAAGACAGUGCGGAAGCUGCUGCCAGACUGCGACAUCCGAUUCGUUCGCUCAGAAGACGGGAGCGGCAAAGGGGCCGCUAUGGUCACGGCGGUGGCCUACAGGCUAGCAGCCCAGCAUAAGGCAAGGCAGAAGACCCUUGAAGCCCUGAAGCUGAGCCAUGAGCAGCUGCUGGAGGUGAAGAAUAGGUUGAGGAUAGAGAUGGACAGGGGACUGAGCAAAGCAUCGCACCUGGACGCCACUGUGAAAAUGCUUCCCACUUACGUGUGUGCCACUCCAGAUGGAACAGAAAAAGGAGACUUCUUGGCCUUGGAUCUUGGGGGAACGAAUUUCCGUGUGCUGCUGGUGCGUGUGCGGAAUGGGAUUAGGCGUGGCGUUGAGAUGCACAAUAAGAUCUACUCAAUCCCGCAGGAGAUCAUGCAGGGGACAGGAGAGGAGCUGUUUGAUCACAUCGUCCACUGCAUUUCGGACUUCCUGGAAUACAUGGGAAUGAAGGGCGUGUCACUUCCUAUGGGAUUCACCUUCUCUUUCCCUUGCCAACAGAAUAACCUUGAUGAGGGGAUACUCCUGAAAUGGACUAAAGGGUUCAAAGCUACUGGCUGUGAAGGAGAAGAUGUGGUGAACCUGCUGAAAGAAGCUAUUCAUAGGAGAGAGGAGUUUGAUCUGGAUGUGGUAGCAGUGGUGAAUGACACAGUAGGCACCAUGAUGACCUGUGGUUAUGAAGAUCCUUAUUGUGAAGUCGGGCUCAUCGUUGGCACGGGCAGCAAUGCCUGCUACAUGGAGGAGAUGAGGAACGUGGAGCUGGUGGAGGGUGAAGAGGGCAGAAUGUGCAUUAACAUGGAGUGGGGGGCGUUCGGGGACAACGGCUGCUUGGAUGACUUCCGGACAGAAUUCGAUGUGGCGGUGGAUGAACUUUCUCUCAAUGCCGGGAAACAAAGGUUUGAGAAAAUGAUCAGCGGGAUGUACCUGGGCGAGAUUGUCCGAAAUAUCCUGAUCGACUUCACCAAGAGGGGGCUGCUGUUCCGGGGGCGGAUAUCCGAAAGGCUGAAGACCAGGGGGAUAUUCGAGACCAAGUUCCUGUCUCAAAUUGAGAGCGAUUGCCUAGCCCUGCUCCAGGUCCGCUCCAUCCUCCAGCACCUGGGCCUGGAGAGCACAUGUGAUGACAGCAUCAUUGUGAAGGAGGUGUGCACUGUGGUAGCCAGGCGUGCUGCUCAGCUCUGUGGCGCUGGUAUGGCAGCGGUGGUGGAUAAAAUCCGGGAGAACCGCAAGCUGGACUUCCUUAAGGUCACAGUUGGUGUGGACGGGACACUCUACAAACUGCAUCCUCACUUCUCCUCCAUCAUGCACGAAACAGUGAAGCAGCUGACCCCGAAGUGCGAAGUGACCUUCCUCCAGUCAGAAGAUGGCAGCGGCAAGGGGGCGGCACUCAUCACGGCGGUGGCGUGCCGGAUCCGGGAGGCCGGGCAGCGAUAAGAGGAGUUGUUCUGAACGCUUGGAUUUAACAGAGCAAAACCAGCGGACCCCUUCCCACCCUCCAACACACACUCCUUCUCCUGCUCCUCAACACGCAGAUUUUUAGCUUUACUUGUUCUAUCGAGAUACCACCACUGAGACCUGAGAUGCCGUGUGUUGGAAGUUAUUUUCUUAGGAGUUCUAUUGCAUGCCAUCAAACUACCUAUCGAGUAAAGCUAAAAGUGUCGUCAGGGCGUGUAGCUACGUUUCCAGUCAAAGCCCUUUUUGUUUCACCGCAGCCUAUUUAAAAUACUAAACCUCCCUCCCCAGUCACAAUGAUGUUUGUUCUGUAGCACUAGAAGGAUAAUGCCAGAGCAAUCAAGACACUGCAUUGUCACUUCGAUAGUAAACAAUACCUAUUUGUAGAUGUCCAAGUCUUAACAUAAGCACACUAGAAAGCAAAACCUCUUUUAAGAUUGGGUUAAAGACCUCCACUAGUCUUUUACCCUGAUCAAGGCUGUAUUAUUUCCAUGAAAGUCAUGGUAACGCUCUUAAAAGCACAGGGUGCAGCAUUUAAACCAGUGCGUUUGAAUCUGUGCCGAAGGAUACAAAGUGUUCGUAUGGAGUGGUGAGUAAUAUUAAAGUACCUGCUGGAGCGAGUUAAAGGUGCUUCUUUAAUUCGACCAGCAGAGCAUGUGCCUGGAAAUACUUGGGGACUCAGGGUGUAGUCCCAUUUCCCAGCUUCUCCUCUAUCAAUUAAAUGUAGUACUUGACAUGUGUAGCCAAUGGCGACCCCUACUGGCGCAUGCGUACAUAGAAAAAACCAUCGCUGAAGUGAAUGGUUUCUCUUCCACAACCGUUUCAACACUGUGCCCUCAAUUGAUGUGGUGAGUUUGGUUUUAUUUUUGUCUGUGAACUAGCUCUGUAUCUUUAUUCGUAAAAACCCCAUAGGUCACGUCUGGAUUUAUGCACUGUAUUUAUGUUUCGAGAGAUCUUACGUCUUUUAUGUAUAUAGUCAUGAACGGGGAUUGUUAUUGACUAGUUUUAAUGUGGUUUGAGAGACUAGCGCAGAAUGCUCUUUUAUUAUUAUUAAUUAAAAUAACUGGAAGCAGAGUGGAAGGACUGAAAUUUCUGAGGACAGCUGUAUGGGAGGGGUGCAGUCAUUUCAGGUCUUGUAUCAUCAGGGGAAAUGGAAGUAUGAAGGCCAUGUAUUCAGUGCACUAAAAGAAAUAGUGGCGGCCAGAGAACAAAUUAAUUGGUCAGUUCAGAGUCUGAUCCUGCUUGUUCUGACUCGUGAGUAAUCAUUGCUCGUGGGAGCAGGCCCCUAUUGAGGCAAGCACGAUCCUAAUUCUGCUUACACUGAAGUCAAUGACAAAAUUCCCAUUGACUUUAGCAGUGAAGGAGCAGGUCCUUGGUUACUCACUGGAAUAAACCAGGAUUAGGCCCUAGCUGUUUCUAAUCUAAAGGGUUAAACAUUUUAUUCUGCAAAUAUAUGUUAUUCUUCACCACCACCUCCAGCUCCCAUUGAAAGCAACUGGAGUUUUACCAUUGACUUCAUCAGGUGUUGGGGUUCAGGUCCAAAUUGCUUACAAGAAUUGGUCCCAGUCCUGCAAACAGGCACCGUGUUUUGCUUGAAGCACAUGAGUAACCCACUGCCGUUGAUGGCAGCACUCACCUGCUUAUAGUUAAACACGUGUGUGGGUACAGGAGCUCAGUGGCAAAGAAAUAAGGGUAAUUUUGUGACCCCAAAUAUCAAAAUCCUGGUUUUCCAAAUUGGCGUCCCCAAAGCUAACGGCAGGUUUGCUCUGUGCAGCAGAACUCUCCCCACCACUUCGCUUUUUAUGAUAAAGAGUUAAUAAUUUUGCCAACAGAAAACUGUGCAGACGGAUUAAAUUCUGCAAUUUCUUGUUUCCAAAACCAGCAAAUUCACACACACAAUUGUGCGGGGGUGAGUGAGGAAUCACAUAAACUUUUUUGUAAAUAUUUAACACGAGGUAACACAUGUCUGGUGAUGUACACGUGAAAACCUCAAACUGACCAUCAGUUUGGAGGGAUAUAGAAUUUUUGUGUGUGUGUGGGUUGGGGUUUUUUUUGUAUAUUUUUAUACUGCUUGGGGUAACUUCUUUACCAAAAGAAUCUCUAUGUGGCUGUCAAUGCCAAUAGCGCCAUUUUAAAGCACGCCACACGUGUCUCUUGGCAUUUUAAAUGCUUAUAUUUUUUAUAAGCUACAAGAUUACAAUAUAAAAUAAAUGGAAAAAUCAAAAAUGGUGUGUACAGAAAUAAUGUAAGAAAAUCCUCCAGUUUAGAAACUUUAGAUGAAUUUAAAUAAAUUAUCUUUUUUAAAAAAACAAAACAGAAAACCAUAUAAUCCAAUACCAAGCAGUUGUGUGUUAUUCUUUUACUGGGAUUACUAGUAUUUGCCUACUGAUCAAGGCAUUUUUGCUUUGAUUAUAUCUACUGUACAGUGAAGAGGGUUACAGUCGGUGGGUAUAUUUAUAAACUUGAAGACAAGGAAUUAUCCAGCAGUGUACCUCUUUUUGAAAUACACUCUAUUUCACCAGUAGUGAAUGAGUUCACUUUUACCACAGAUGCUUUCUUUGCAAUCAAUGACAUAGUGGGUGCCAGGGCAGUCCCUCUUUGUAGCUGAUUUGGGGUCUGGUUCAGCAAAGCACUUGGGCACGUGACUUAAGGGGUUAUAAGCACACACUUAAACUUAAGGGUAUGUUUAAGUGUUCUGCUGAUUCCAGGGCUUGGCAAUGUUGGCUUCUCCCUUUCCUUGCAGUAGAGUGGGUUACGACUGUGCAAAUGGUUUCAUUCUCACCUGAGGAGUUGCAUUGACGCGAGUGGAUUGACUUGCAUGAACAGAGCCGUAACAAGGAAUUUUUGCACCCGAGGCAAGGGCCAGCUCCAGGCUCUUCGGCGGCGGGUCCCUGAGUCCCUCUCGGCGGGAAGGACCCGCUGCUGAAUUGCCGCCGAAGAAUGAAUUAGGCGGCGGCGGCAAUUCAGCGGCAGGUCCUUCCCUCCGAGAGGGACUCAGGGACCUGCCGCCAAAGAAGCGGCGGCAGUAGAGCUGCCGCCGAAGCACCGCUGAUCACGGCUUAGCUGCACCCCCCACUUUGCACUCCCGAGGCAAGUGCCUCACUCACCUCCCCCUUGUUACGGCACUGUGCAUGAAUAAGGGGUUGCAAGAUGGAACCAGCCCCUAGCCAUGGUCCUUCACCCCUUGCUUAUGGGACCAUCCCAAUGCCCACUGAAGUGAAUGGAAGUCCUUUCACCGUUUGUUUGUUUGUUUUAAAUGGGCAUUAGAUUAAGUGCUUUCCAGAGCUCGGCCCUGUAGUGCCCCCUGAAGUAGGUGCAUAGUAGCAAUCUCAUGAUGUCAAUGGGACUACUCAUGCACUUCAAGCUAAGUAGGUGCUAGUGUUUUGCUGGAUCUGGGCCUUGGUGAGUAGUCCUAUUGGAGUCAAUGGCACUUAAUUGGGUGAGUAAGGAAGGAGGGGAGAUAUAUCUCAGUGGUUUGAGCAUUGGCCUACUAAACCCAGGGUUGUGAGUUUAAUCCUUGAGGGUGCCACUUAGGGAACUGGGGUAAAAAUUGGGGAUUGGUGCAGCUUUGAGCAGGGGGUUGGACUAGAUGACCUCCUGAGGUCCCUUCCAACCCUGCUAUUAUAUGAAAGCUACGUUAGGCUCUUGGAAUGAGGGUCAGAUCCAGAAUUGCUGAGCACCCUUCAUUCCCAUUGACUUAGGGAGUGGAGGGCUUCUUGGCACGUUUUAGGAGGUGCUCAGCACCAACUACCUGCUCUUUUGCAAAUGGAACAGGCUUAAUGGCGGCAGGAUAAGUUCCCAGGAGCUCACAACUAUCUUCAAGCUUUCUUGUCCUGACAAGUGUGUACUUAUGUGGCUCCUGGAAUUUCUCCCCAACGUAGGUUCAAAUGAGAUCUGCAAAGAGGUGGGAGCUCUUGAGUGCGAAAGGAAAGCCUUUCCAUGUGGGAAGUAUUGUUUUAAAAUCUCUAUGCUACCAAGUUAUGGGAGCCAGAUCUAAACUUUCUCAAAGUUCAGAGGGAAUUCCCAUCUGAGUUUUGGGUUUGCCCAGUUACAGAGCAAUGGGCUAGUUGCGAAGGCUGUCUCCAAGCUUCCCCAAAAUUUCGAUCUGGGGUGGAUAGUUCAGGGCCCAUCUCUCUUAAAAACACUGCCUGUUGUACCUCCCUGUACAGCUUCUUAGGGAUGCACUGGGUACACUUGACUUAAGCUGCAGCAGAGGCUCCUGCCCUCUUUUCAUGCCCACUUUGACUCAGAUACAAACCAGAAUCCAAUGUGUUCCCAGUUCACCUGAAACAAAAAUUAUACUUGAAACAUACAGAUCAUCUCCAGACCAUGUAACUGAAAAUACGUCUUCGGCAUAUGGCUCAGUUGUCUCUAUGCAGAAUAUUUCCUCUGUUCGCAUUAAGAGUACAGUUUGUGUACAUUUCUGUAUCGAAAGAGAAAGCAUCAGUACAUGUAGAAAGCCGCUGCUGUCUUACCAUUCCUUCCAGUUUAGGAGCUAGGAGAACUGUAUUAAGAAUUUAUAGCUGAUGGCAGGUUGUGAAUGCAGCUUUUUCAGGAGGACGUUGUUCUUGGUUCAGAAGCUGGCCAAUGUGAAAUGGAACUGAGACACACAACAAAGCGGGAUUGUAACUUCUAAACCAGAAAUUACAAUGGGAUGUUAUAUUCAUGUGUGUCAAAAUGAGAAAGGAAGAUCAGAUCAUGUUGACAGGCGUUGAUUCUCAACACUGGUCUGUCUUUCCUCCACUAAGAAAAUUUUGCAACACUUUUCAGGGUGGCUUAUUUUUUGUUCCGAUUAAGAUGCAUUUUCUUUGUUCUCUUUGAUGUAAGGUUUAUUUCUUCUCCAGAAAGGCAGGGGUUCAUCUUUUAGCAAGCCGGCACCUAUUUUCUCCCUGAUGUUAGUUGCCAGGUAUAAGAGAGAGAAUCAUUCUUUCUACCUUACAAAUUAUUCAUUUGGCUGUUACCUUGGAUGGGAUUUUUUAUUUGACAAACUGUAAAAUAUUGUGCAUGGUAGGAAGAAUCUUAACAUGCGAUCUCGGAGCAGAAUGAGCUAGGCCCGGGGCAAAUUAUAGUGAAAUCUGCCUUUAAGCAACACACAUGAUCUAAUAAAUCUCUAAAUUGCAGUAGAAUAUUUCAGAGGCAACAUAGUCCAGUGGAUAGUAGGACUCAGAAAACCUGGGUUCUAGUCCCAACUCUGCCACUGAUUCUCUGCAUAACCUUUUCUCAGAUAUAUUGAAUAUCUUCAAAACCCCAACUGAACUCAGCUGGCUUUGUGGAUGUUCAAUCCCACUAAAAAUUAGGGCCUUUAAAAAAAAAAAAAAUCUCUAUGCCUCGGUUUCCCCAUCUGUAAAAUGGGGAUAAUAAUGCAUAUCCUUGUGCAAAGCACUUUGAGAUCUAUGGAGGAGAGUGCUAUGAGAGAGAUAAGAAUUCUUAUUCCUUAUUGCUUUAAAGCAGUCAUUAAAGAUGGAGCGUUACCUUCUGGAGGUGACCCUGUGUUGCAAGAUUCAUAGUAUAUUUCAGAUAGAGAGAGGUUAUUUCACAGACUUCCUGUAAAAUGUGAGCUAGUCCCAGAGACAGUCUGGACUCUUUUUAUUGGCCUGAAACAAAGAAAAGUGCAUCUUAACGAGGUCUUCAGAAUGGGCUCCUUAGGGGGCCGGAGGAGAUUUGAUUUAAAGCCAAAGAUCGUUCAGCUAUUAGCAGCAACGAUUGACUGUAGAUUUCAGCUGUUCUGUUAUUUGUGUGUUUACAAUAUUUAUUUUUAGUAAUUUACUGCCGUACAUAGGAUUCCUUAUUUUUGUACUUUUCAUACCAUUUUUCUUAGUGUGGUAUUGUACUUCCAGCUUCCCCAUGGCACGAUGAUUAUUCCUACAAAUAAAAACUGUUCCCCAAGGCACAACUUUA